ACUAUCGAGUAAAUACAUCGCCAUUUCUAGAUAUAUUUAUUAAAUUACUUUACCAAAAUGGUUAAGCCUAGUUUUAUAGUUUUUGCAAUAAAUCAUCGUGUACCUCUGAUAAAAUUCCGUAAGGGUGGGCUUCAGGCAAUUUCGCAUCCAGGAAAAGGAUCUGAUGCACACAAUGCGAAUGUGACAGGUAAUGCAGCUAUUGAAGAUUGGCAAUUACCACAGCGGUACGCCCGUAAGCCAAUCGACCGUGCCGAAAUGGACUAUAUUAAUAAUGGUGGUCCCCUUUAAAAUUGUUUUGUAAAAAUCAAUACACCAAAUAUAUUUAUGUAUAUACAAACAUAUUUUUUUUUCGUAUUUAAAUAAAUAAUAUAUGUACUUAGUA